AUGGAAGGCUUACCUAGUCGGACGCAACUUAAAGGAAACAUGUUGAACUUUUUGAAGUCUGGCAAACGGAGCAAAAACCGAUACAUAUCCACUGAAACAGACCCGAGUUAUGAAGACCCAUUUGGGCUUCAGCGACACAUGGUUGAUAGCGAACCAUUGUGCCCGCUGACAAAACGACAUGACACACUUGAGACAACCGAGGAACUAAGCGACAAACGGGACUGCAGGAGAACUAAACUAGGGGCGGCAGCUGAGAGUUUCGGUCUCUUGCAGGGAUUCCUGGGAGACGGCUACAGGCGGCACUGCCCUAUAUGCGGCAAGGGUUUCGACCAGCCCUACAACCUCCAGCGACACAUCCGUACACACACGGGGGAGCGGCCGUACCCAUGCCCCUUCUGCCCGUACGCUGCCUCCGAACGCUCGCACCGCAAGUCCCAUGUAGCCCGCCGCCACCGUCAGGAGUAUGCCACUUGGACCGAGUAG